CCAUAAAUGACCAACUCCUCUAUGCGAUGCGGCUUCUCCCCCUCACCCCAGCAAACUAGCUCCGCUGCUUCUCCUCUCCCCUUCUACGCUCCGCCGGUCUCCGCCCUCUCUGCUCCGCCGCACUGCAUAUUUGUCUCCAUUGCGCUACGCCAAAAAAAUAAAAUUGACUAUAUCUUGAAGAAGCCAUUUCAGCUGUUUUCUAUUUGAUUUGAUUUCUAUUGUAUUCCCUUGCGCUUUUCUCAGUGCCCACUGCCACCACACCACACUGAGAUUCUGAAUAGUGAAGCACUCACCGUCGCCAAACGCCUUCGCCAUUGCCGCUGCAUAUAUUGUGAGCAUUAGCACUGCCUGCAUUCAAACACAGAGAGUUGUAUACUGACCUCACUUGCUCUCAGCUUUGAGAAUCGAGCAGUGUCUGCCCGCAUUUAAUUUGUGGGUAAAAGCACCUACUUUAGGGUUUCUGUUUGGCCAUGGCUGAUUUUCAGACCUCUACCCACCGAUCCAAGUGGAUCUUCUCUCCUCAAAAACUGGUUGAGAAAUAUACAGAUGCUAAUCAGAGAGCCAAACAAACCCUAGAGCAGUGUGGGGCAACUCUAAUGGAAGUAGAUGCUGAUGGGUCUUUGUCAUAUCCGGAAUCCCAGACGACUGCAAACAAUAGUGGUGAAAAACAUUCUCGGAUAAAACCUCUUAGUAUUGAAGAGGAGCAAUGUAUAAAGGUGUUUUAUGAAAACAAGCUACAAGAAGUGUGCAACAAUUUCCACUUCCCUCAUAAGAUCCAGGCAACAGCCCUCAUAUUUUUUAAAAGGUUCUAUCUGCAAUGGUCAGUGAUGGAACAUCAACCAAAAAAUAUAAUGUUGACAUGCAUAUAUGCUGCUUGUAAGAUAGAAGAAAAUCAUGUAUCGGCUGAGGAGCUUGGUAAGGGGAUUUCACAGGAUCAUCAAAUGAUUCUCAAUAAUGAGAUGAUAGUUUAUCAGAGUCUGGAAUUUGAUCUUAUUGUUUAUGCUCCGUAUCGCUCAGUUGAAGGUUUUACAGAUUAUAUGGAGGAAUUUUGCAAUGCUGGUGAGGACGAGCUUCAAAUGCUCAAGGCUUUGCAAAAUACAGCAAGACUAGAAGUUGAUAAAGUGAUGCUUACAGAUGCACCACUCUUAUUUCCUCCUGGGCAGUUGGCCUUGGCUGCACUACGCACCUCAAAUGCUCUCCAUAAAGUUCUUGACUUUGAUAGUUUUCUGAGCAGAAUUUUUUCCCAUCAGAAUUCUACGCACACAAUGGCCGAGCUUCUUGAAUCAUUGGAUGCAAUUGAUUCUUGGGUUAGAAAAUAUAGAAGUCCUUCGGAGAAAGAAUUGAAGCAUAUCAACCGGAAACUGAAGUCUUGUUGGGGUCAGAGCUCUCAUGACGAGGGAAAGAAGAGGGAGAAGAAAUCAAAGCACAAGUCCAGAAAGAGCUCAAACGAAGCACAAAAUGCUUAGUUUUUUCUCUAGUUUUAUAUUCAGUUUAAUUGAGAUGCUAGUAUUCUGAAUUUUGGAAGUGAGAUUUUUUUGGGUUUCUAUUGAACAUGAAGGAUGACGUGUUGAAGAUUUUGUAUUUUUGUUGUUUUGGAGGGGAAAUGUAUCUUGAGCCAAUUGUAGCUCACCUCCAAAAGUGGGAAUUUGAAGAGAGAAAAUGUUUGUUUAAAUUUUGGAGUUCAAUAUUUAUUUUAUGUAA